GCGCCGGUCGGCGCAUGCCAUAACGUUGCCAUGAUUGGCCAGUUUUGAAGCGAACACAGCAGAAGGCAGUGUUCGUGCUGGCGCCCAUCACUUCCUUUGAAGCAUCGUGCGUGUGAGCGUUGGAGCCUACCGGAUCAUCCGUGUGCUCGUCGUGUGUUACUUCCGCGGUCGCUCAGUGGAACGUGGUGACGUUCGAGAGGGUAACGAGGAUCCUCGAAUUGAGUCGAGUCGAGUCCGGAAGCGAGGGACACGCCGAGGAGUGCCGACGACGAGAGCCGCCGCUGUCGCCGGACGACGAGGACAACUACGACGACGACGACGACGUGGUGGUGGUGGUGUUGUUCCCGUGUCAUCGCACGGAGGAAGUGUCGAUUCGGCCGUAAAGCACCGAGGACCAACCAGUCAUGGCUGCGAUGUCCGUGAUCGGGAUCGACUUCGGAAACGAGAGCUGUUACGUGGCCGUGGCCCGUGCCGGCGGCAUCGAGACCAUCGCCAAUGACUACAGUCUACGCAGUACCCCGUCAUGUGUGGCAUUUAGUGGAAAGAACCGGAUACUCGGAGUAGCAGCUAAGAACCAAAUGGUGACCAAUGUGAAGAAUACCAUUCAUGGUUUUAAAAGAUUAUUAGGUAGAAAGUAUAAUGAUCCACAAGUUCAGAGCGAGUUGCGGUUUCUUCCAUUUAGAAUAGCCCCACAAGCUGAUGGAAGCAUUGGUAUACAUGUCCAAUAUCUGGGAGAGGAAUGUAUCUUUUCGCCAGAGCAAAUUACCGCUAUGCUCUUCACAAAAUUGAAAGAUAUUUCCGAAACAGCUCUACAAACUGCUGUUAAUGAUUGUGUCAUAUCAGUUCCUUCAUACUUUACUCAAGCUGAACGUCAGGCUCUGCUUGAUGCGGCAAGAAUUGCAGGCCUUAAUGUUCUAAGAUUAUUUAACGAGACUACUGCUACUGCUCUUUGUUAUGGUAUUUAUAAACAAGAUUUGCCGGCGGCAGAAGCGCCUCCUAGAAACAUUGUUUUUGUGGAUUGCGGCAACGCCAGCUUGCAAGUGAGCGUUUGUGCCUUUCAUAAAGGCAAACUUAAGAUGUUGGCAAGUGCUGCCGAUGGUCAAUUGGGUGGAAGAGAUAUUGACGUUAUUUUGACGGAACAUUUCUGCAAGGAGUUUAAGACGCGAUAUAACAUCGACGUACAUACCAAUCCACGGGCAUACUUAAGAUUACUAGCAGAAACGGAAAAGCUUAAAAAGCAAAUGUCGGCUAAUUCGACCAACCUGCCCUUAAAUAUUGAGUGUUUUAUGGACGAAAAGGAUGUGCACGGCGAUAUGAAGCGUAAUGACAUGGAGGCACUAUGCGGUCAUCUGUUUGAACGAGUUGAAAGAACUCUUAGACAAUGUUUGUCUGAUUCAAAAUUGAAGCUAGAGGACAUUCAUGCGGUUGAGUUGGCUGGAGGAUCGAGUCGCGUUCCCGCUAUCAAACGUUUGGUGGAGGAAGUCUUCGGUCGACCGAUAUCGACGACGCUGAAUCAAGAUGAAGCUGUUGCUCGCGGUUGCGCAUUACAGUGCGCUAUGCUCAGUCCUGCUGUGCGUGUCCGUGAAUUUUCUGUUACGGAUAUACAACCGUAUCCCUUAAAACUGACGUGGGAUGCUACUCAAGGCGAGGAAGGCGAAAUGGAAGUAUUUGGGCAUAAUCAUCCUGUGCCGUUUUCAAAAAUGUUAACAUUCUAUCGCUCGAAUCCAUUUACGCUAACUGCCAGUUACAGCACGCCGCCUCCGUAUUAUCCUCAAACAUAUAUUGGAACGUUCACGAUAAAGAACGUAAAGCCUACGCCGGAGGGUGAAUCGCCAAAAGUCAAGGUGAAGGUAAGAGUGAAUUUGAAUGGUAUUUUAACCAUUGCGUCGGCUUCGCUUAUCGAGAAACGUGAGCCGACUCAACAAGAGAAGGAAGAAGAGGAAGCUCAGCAACAGCAGCAGCAGCAACAACAACAACAAAAUAACAUGGAUGUUGAUUCGCAAGCAACAGAUAAAAAAGAUAAACCUGAUCAAGAUGCGCAGGCUAACGAACCACCAGCUCCAGAGGUGAGCAUGGAUAAGACACGACGGAACUCAGAUGCUGAUGAUGGUGGAAAAGGUGCUGGGGGUACUGCCCCUUCCUACUCCUCCAGGAUUCUCUCUUGGUUCAGCUCGGGAGAUGAUAAAGGCGAUGAUAAAAAUAAAAAAAAGAUUCCCAUUCGUACAAUUGAUUUACCUAUUGAAGCUAAUAUAUGCGGAUUAUCUCAACGAGACCUUGAUGCUGCAAUAGAAAAAGAAGGCAAGAUGAUUGCUGAAGAUAAACAGGAAAAAGAACGAGUUGACGCGCGUAAUGCCUUGGAAGAAUAUGUUUAUGACCUGCGUGCUAAAUUAUCUGAAGAGGAUCAAUUAGCUACAUUUAUCACGGAAACUGAUAGAGAAGCGCUAUGUCGUACGUUAGAUGAUACUGAAAAUUGGCUCUAUGAAGAAGGAGAAGAUUGUCAACGACAGAUUUACUCAGAGCGACUAACGCGCUUAAAGUCUCAAGGGGAACCGAUAAAGGAAAGGAGAUCAGAAUUUGAAGGGAGAUCUUGUGCAUUAGAAGAAUUAGCAGUGGCAUUACAACUGGCUAAAAAAUCUCUGGAUCAAAUAAAAGUAUCGAAUGGAAAGGAUGAUAAAUAUUCUCAUUUAACAGAGGAAGAAGUGAAAAUAGUAGAGAAAACUGUACAAGAGAAAUGGACAUGGUUGGAAGAGAAACGUAUUCUACUUGCGAGUACGCUUCGCACGCAACAACCACCGGUUACCGUGGCACAGAUUCGAGCAGAGAAACAAUCAAUGGACAGCGUGGUACUACCUAUUCUCAAUAAGCCUAAACCUAAAGUGGAACCGCCAAAGGAGGACAAACCAAAAGACAAGUCUGCUGAUGAACAGAAAAAUAAUCAAAAUGCCCAAGGUAACAGUCACAGUCAGUCCAAUCAACAACAAACAGAGGAAGAAAAAAUGGACGUUGAGUAACGGUCACCACAACUUAUGUGUUUUUAAUAAUAUUAAAUCUAUCAUAAAUUGAAAUAGCGAAUAUUUUAUUUGGAUAAAUCAUGUUUAUUAUGUCUCGAGAGCGCUUAACAUUGUGUGAUCUGAUAGCACGUAUGAUUAUUUUUCUGUUCCCGUGUUUUUUUUUCUGUAACAUCUAUUAAUCUGGAUUAGUCUAUUUAAUGACAUAUAUACUAUCACAAGCGUAAGAAUAACAUGCAAAAGCUAAAAACAAUAAUAUAAUAAAUUCGUAAAACUUUUAGAAUAUGCGGAAGAAUAUAUUCUUUUGCCUGAGAGCAGUUCAUUACGGCAUUCGUGAUAUACAUAAUUGCAAAUAUAAUUAUAACCUGGAUAAAUGACAGAAACAUAAUCGCCUCGAAUUAUUAAAAUUUCUUUAUAAAAAAAAUCUUUUGGUUUUCUUCUUUUUUUUAAGUUUUUAACACUUCUAAAUACAUAUAAUAGAUUUUUGAAAAAAAUUCUGGAAACUAUUGCUAGUAUCCAGAAUUAAUAGUUGCGAUUUUUAAUGUAUAGAGUGAGUGCUAAAUUAGAACUGACCAAAUUGUAAACUAAAAUGUCGCGGGCGAUCUUAUGUAUUUAAUAAUACAAUUGUUCAUUCCAAUAUUUUCUCAUGGCCAACAGCAAACUAUCACAAAUAUUUUUGUUGCAUUUAUGAUACAAAAUAAAUUAAUGUUUUGCUAAUUAAAAUUCUACUAAGUCUGCUUUAAUUUUGGAAUUAAUAUAUAUAAAGAAUUUAUUGUAAUUUUUAAAAAAUUAGUUUUAAUUGAACUUGAAUUGUUUUUAGUGCAAAAGUAACUUUCUAGAUAAUUGUAAUUCAACUAAAUAUAUCAUUGUACAUAACUUACAGACACAUAUACAAUGACGAUAGUAUAUUUCUUUAUCUCUCACGAUAUUUAUAUUGCUAUAUUACUUCACAGCACAUAGAAAAUCAUUAUAGUGAAAAAUUUUAGUUGUUCCUAGAAAUAUGCAAGAUGGGCGGUCCAUAUUUCAUUUUCGCGCCUAACUUUGCUCCCACGUCGCUUUUAGCAACUAAGCGUUGCAAAUGAUUACGUAUAUAUACUAUAGUAUAAUUACUAUUAACGAGAUGUAAAAAAUGAAUGUUAAAAAAACUGCUUUUUUUGAAUGAUAAAAGUUUUCACCACAAAUAAUGUGUUUUGUUUCUGUUACUUUCUUAAAUAUUUUGCAGUCACAUUAUAUUGAAUAUUUGUAACUCUUAUCUCUUGUAUACUUAAGUUUAUAACACAUAAAUAAUGAUAUAUUUUAAAAAAAUGGGUUCAGGAUGUGUAAAUGUUUAUGUUUAUAUAUCUGGCAAUUUGUUGUAGUAUCUAACAAGUUUCAUUCAAACUUUCUAUAUAAACGCAUAUAAAUUACUACAUUCUUAUUUGACAUAAAAUUGUAUUAAAAAUGAAUUAAUACUCUUAAUUUUUUCAUUUUUGCUGUUUUAAAUGAAGGAAUAAAUUUGUUAAUAACGAAAUGAACUUAAAAGUAUUUUUGUUCACCCUGAUAUUUUAGUAAUUUUUCUUUUUUGUUUUUCUAUUGUGGUUACCAAUUUGUAUUUUGUAUCAAUUAAUCGAUACUCAUUCUAUGUUAAUAAUUACAUGUUAGUUUUAUUCAUCUUUUAACAAACUUAAGUGAUUUAAAAAUAUUUUAUAUUUUUUGUAAACUUGAAUUUAAAUAAAUAUAGUACACAACAGAACAGAAAUUUUGAAAUCUUUAUUUAAAAAGAAAAAAGGAAAAUAUGGACACCUAUCUUUCACUUCAAUAAACAAAACUAGUUGAAACCUUGCGUUGUCCUGACAUUAUAAAAGAUGAAAUUGUACAGAUGAAAGUAAUGCUUUAUCGACAAGAGGUAUUUUAUGCAUCACAUAAUUUCAUUGUUUGUACAUUAGUUUGUACAUGGAAGUAUGUAAUAUUUUAACACUUUGUAAUGUGGAUAUCAAACAGUACACAUAGAAGUAUGCAAUAGCAAUUAUGUAACAUUCGAAGAAAUUAUGGAAUGUAAGUUUGUGAGAAUUUAUUUCCAUAGCAUCAAAUGAUACUAAUUGUUAAUUUUAGCAAAUUGCAACUGGCCUUUAAUCGAUUAUUGGCUGAAGAGUACAGAAAAACAUGUUAAUAAAUGUUGUAACAACACAUCAAAGUUUUCCUUUAUAACUUAAAUAUUAUCACUUAAUAUUAUCCGAAAACAAAUGUGUUGACUGUGAUUAUGUGUUAAGUGUAUGGUCACCAAGGUGUACUUAAUAAUAAAAAACUAAUCUCUC